CAGCCCCUCUGUGGAACUUCUAAACAUCUUUUAUUUGCAGAAGUAUUUUCUACAAAAUGAUGGCAGCAUCUUGAUUUAAAUUGAGUGUUUGUGUGGUUCUGGUUCACUUGCUCUGAUUCAGAAAGCUCGAGGUUUUAGGAGCCCAGGGUCUUUUUGCGAUGACAAUAUGACUAAUAACAAAGGAAGAGCUAUUACUGGUAAAGCAAGCGGUAGUUCAAGUAGUGUAGGAGGCUUUGUCGACUGGACUUUAAGCUUGAAUACAGUUCAAUCAGAUAAGUUUUUAAACUUGCUAUUGAGUAUGGUUCCAGUAAUUUACCAGAAAAACCAGGAAGACAGGCACAAGAAAGCGAACAGCAUUUGGCAAGAUGGGUUAGCAUCUCCAGCACCAACAUUUAGUAAUAGAGCUGAUCAGCACGUGGAGUACCACAGUUUCUCAGAUCAGCCCUUCCAUGGCAAUAACAGUCACUCACCAGCAGGGGGCAGCCCCAAGUAUGAUGAUUACGCCAACUAUAAUUACUGCGAUGGAAGGGAGACUUCAGAAACAACUGCCAUGUUGCAGAAUGAAGACUUGUCCAGUGACGGGGAUGAUGAUGUCAUUGUGGAAACAAAUCAGAAAUUACCAAAGGAAUCCAGCGGAGUGAUGGCGUUGCAAAUACUUGUGCCGUUUUUGCUAGCUGGUUUUGGAACAGUUUCAGCUGGCAUGGUUUUGGAUGUAGUACAGCAUUGGGAGGUGUUCAAAAAAGUAACAGAAGUUUUCAUUUUAGUUCCUGCACUUCUUGGUCUCAAAGGGAACUUGGAAAUGACAUUGGCAUCCAGAUUGUCCACUGCAGUAAGUUUUUUUCCAGCUCAAAGUCUGCGUUACCUGUUGUGUUUCUUUCUACUCAGGAGACUGACCCAAGAAUGUCUUUCCCCAAAGGAGUUUAUGAUCGGAGGCUAUACCAAGCUGGCUGGUAAUCAGGCCAAGAUCCUAAAAGUAGCUGCUUCCCCAGCGGCAGGGGUGCUGUGGUUACAUACAGAGGGGAAGGAGCGCCUGGAGAAGGGUGAGGAGCUGGGUGCUGUUCAAGCAACAGUAGUUGGUUUUCUAGCAGCUGUAGCAGCAAUUAUAUUGGGCUGGAUUCCAGAGGGAAAAUACUACCUUGAUCAUUCCAUACUUCUGUGCUCAAGCAGUGUAGCAACUGCCUUCAUCGCGUCUCUUCUGCAGGGAAUUAUAAUGGUUGGGGUUAUCGUCGGCUCGAAGAAGACAGGUAUAAAUCCUGAUAACGUUGCUACACCCAUUGCUGCUAGUUUCGGCGACCUUAUAACUCUUGCCAUAUUAGCGUGGAUAAGUCAGGGUUUGUACUCCUGCCUCGAGACCUACUACUAUAUUUCUCCACUGGUUGGUGUCUUUUUCUUGGCUCUGACUCCUAUCUGGAUUAUCAUAGCCGCCAAACACCCGGCCACAAGGACAGUUCUCCACUCGGGCUGGGAGCCGGUCAUAACAGCGAUGGUUAUAAGUAGCAUUGGGGGCCUUAUUCUGGACACAACUGUAUCUGAUCCAAACUUGGUUGGGAUUGUUGUUUACACACCAGUCAUUAACGGCAUUGGCGGUAAUCUGGUGGCCAUUCAAGCCAGCAGGAUUUCUACCUACCUCCAUCUACACAGCAUUCCAGGAGAGCUCCCUGACGAGCCCAAAGGCUGCUACUACCCCUUCAGAACCUUUUUUGGCCCAGGAGUAAAUAAUAAGUCUGCUCAAGUUCUACUGCUUUUAGUGGUUCCUGGACAUUUAAUUUUCCUCUACACUAUUCAUCUGAUGAAAAGUGGGCACACAUCUUUAACUGUAAUCUUCAUAGUAGUAUACUUAUUUGCUGCUGUAUUACAGGUGUUCACCUUGCUGUGGAUCGCCGACUGGAUGGUCCAUCACUUCUGGAGGAAAGGAAAGGACCCGGACAGUUUCUCCAUCCCCUAUCUCACAGCCUUGGGCGAUCUGCUCGGGACGGCCUUGUUAGCCUUAAGUUUUCAUUUCCUUUGGCUUAUCGGAGAUCGAGAUGGAGAUGUUGGAGACUAAUUAACCCCACAGACUGCUCUCAAGUUACCAAGGAGGAGAACACAAGACACCCCCUUAUAGCUCUUUUUCAAAAAUCUUCAGCCAGCGGGUAAUCUUCAAGUUGGCCCUGAUUCAAUUAAAUGGCCUUAACAUUUUUUUAAGGAACUUGAGUUAAAACAAUAAUGAACAGUAUUUGUGCUGCUUUUCAUAGAAUAAAUAAUAAUUUGACAUUGGAUACAGAGAUAAGCUCAAAUUCUAAAAUUAAUUAAAUAGGAAGGACAUGGGAUGAAUAAUUUAUAAGAUAUAAUUUAAAAACAACAGAUAUAGAAGAAAUGUAUUUUAUUAUUGUUUAACUUAUAACACGGGGGGGGUUGCGGGGGGAGAGAGUUCUGCUUUAGCACUUCUUGUCUCACACAUGGGUUGCACUGUGAAGUAUACCAUGAAAGAAGGGGCCACCCAAGCUUGUGAUGUUCACCUGCGCCCUCUGCUUUGCUAACUGAGGGUAUAUUUAUCAGUCACUUGCUCUUAAUCUGUGUGUUCUGCAGAGCUCACGAGUAACUCAAUCUUUACUUGUUUCUGUGACUGGCCAAUGCUGACUUAACUUCAACUCUGCAAGCUCUUGGCAAACCACCCUUUAAGCACGGAAUAAUCUUGAGAGACCUUUAAGGAUAGCAACAAGUCAUUUUUGAUCAUUGCUUCUUUGAAUAAAUGUUGAUCUUUUCUAGAAAACUUAGUGGUCAAAAAAAGAAUAUAAGAUGAGCUGUAUAUGUGGAGACAAGAUGGUGUGAAGAAUAUGUGUGUGUGUGUGUGUGUGUGAGAGAGAGAGAGAGAGAGAGAGAGAGAGAUGGACAGAUAUAGAAGUGUUGAAAGAGAACUGAGUCUUGGAUUGAUGAUAGCAAAGAUUUUGGCACUAUAGGAAUAUCAGCAUCAUAUAAUUAUUCUUAAACACAUUUCACUGAUAAUGCUUUUGUCACUGGUCCAGAAAUUUUGCCUAUCCAGAAUUUAGUACUUGCUACCGCAUUAUAAUUAAAAGUUCUUAUUUAGAUAACUGCACCCUUGAAUGUAACCAAGAUAUUAUAAGAUUUGGAAUGAGAGGUGAUCCAUUUGAUCUCCUAAAAGAGUCUGUUGAAACCAUUUAGGCUGACUGUGACGACAGGCCAUGACUGCAGGUCAGUUGCUGCAGACUGCGUGGGAUCCUGUCACGGACAGUGCCGCGUUCCCCAGAUAUUUGUCUAAAACUCUGAUCUCCAUUCUAGACACUUGACUCACACCUUAGUUAUUUAAUAGGUGAGCAUUUUUAUAUAAUGUCAUUCAUUUAAAAAUGCAGUGAAUCCCUCAAGACCGUCAGCUAUUUAAUAAUUUAAUCAGGGGGCAAAGAAAUGCAUACUGUAACUCUGUCAUGGUUUAAAUUGUGAGUUAGAGUUAAGUAUAAACAGGAUAGGUUGUUUAUAAGUAUAUAGGGGAAGUGUUCCUAUUAAGCUCUUUAAAAUAAGGAGUCUAUGACCUAGAGCUCUAUAUUUUUGCUUAUUUUAAAACUUUAUUCCAUUCUCUUGCCUUAUGAUGAAGGUUGUAAGGCAAAGAGCUGAGCUAAUUAUAGAAUUUCUCCUUUGGAGAGUUAUAAUGUUGAAUAGUGAACAUUCUUAUAAAGAAAGAAUGAUUAAGUUGAUGAAUAUUUAGCUGCAAAGAUAUUUUAUUUUAAAAAUUGCAUAAACCUUUGAUUUUAUUAUAAAGCAUCUGUGUGUUACUUAUUUACUUUGGGGUUCUAUGAUUCAUAAGUAUUUGUGUUUCCUAGUGAUUUCUAUGUUGAUUUUUUUGACAUAAAAAAUGUACAGGAAAACACACUAGUAAAACAUUUGCCAACAACUGUCCUGAGUUACUCAUUCCAGGGCACAUUCAGGCGCGCCCUGUAUUUGGGACUUGCACAGGACCGUGAAGUAGUCCAGGUAACGAUUCCUGUCUCUUUUAUAGCAGAGGGAACAGAGACUCAGAGCAGUUCUGUGAAGUACCCAGAGUCCAGGUGUGUCCCGUCAAGUAUGCUUUCUGUGAUCUGCAGGCAUAGCAGGAGAACCCAGGGAUUCACCGAGAGAAGUUAACUAGGGAAUCAGGGUUUUCUGUAGUGGUAAAGCGAGUUGCAUCAUUUAAACUUCAGCCAGGGCAACUGCCAUUUAACAAAUCUUGAUGAUGAGUAUGGCCACCUUAGGAACAACUAUUCUUGUUCCUAAGACCAAAGGAAAUACAGGUAAAUGAGAAUUUCAGAAUAAAAAGCAAUGCCUUAUUUCUUAGACCACAUAUCUGAUAGCUUAGAGAGCUUAAUAGAAAUGCCUGGGUUCUCCUGCUACACCUUCCCAGAUCUGGCUGUUUCCCAUAGAUCAAAAAUAUUAUAAGCAUAACCCACUUGAGUUCUGUCUUCUCUCUCUUUUGCUACCUAAUCUUGGUUGGUUAGAGCAAUAGGAUCUCUAGAAGACAAACAAUACUGGAAAAGAAGACAUGAAAAAAAAUCAAUCACUGGUUGCUUGAAUUUAUAAAAAGGAUGUAGAUUCCUUUAAAGUUUUUUAAGCCUUUGCAAUAGUUUGCAAUUAAUAAGAUGAAUUCUGUUUACCACAAAAUCAUAUAUGUAAACUCAUAGUAUUUUUAUACAGCAUAAAAAUCCCUGAUCUCCAGACUUCUUCCUUUCACUAAUUUAUCAAGCACUUUAUUUACACACAGUCCUUUCAAAGACAUACUUUUCAUUCCAGCCCACCAACGAUAUUUUUCUUUAAACAAUAAAGUUACAUAGACGCUGAUAAACAGAUACUACGGUAAUGUAUUUCAGCGAGAGAUCAAAAAUCCACAUCAUAGUCCAUUAACGAUGUAGCCAAAUGAAGUACAUUUUGAAGUCUUUCAUAAUUGGGCUUCCUUUCCUUAUCUCUGGGGCACAGUCUACCCAUUUGUAAUGAGUGUCUGCUAUCUUUAAACUGUUGUAAACUCAAGUAGGAAUAAAAUUUAAGAAAUAAUUGGCCCAGCCUUGUUUACUUAACUGCUGUAUAAACAGAUGAAUAUCAAACCUGUGUGAAACUCACCCAAAAGACAUGAGUAUAUGUUGUAUUGAUGAGUAUAAUAAAUCGGGCUUUG